GACGGGCCGGGGAGCGGCCUCUAGGCGGCGCCGACGAGCCCGCCGCGAGGGAAAGCCCCUGGCGAGGCCCGAGCUUCCCGGCGUGCGCCCCGGACGCGAGCGGUCGGGGAGCGUCCCGGGAAGCCUUCGGAAGAGAAGCGAAGCCGAGCUGACCGCGGAGAGGCGCCUCGCGGCAGGCAGUCCCGCAGGCCUUCAGCGCCCGGAGCACCUGUUUCCGAGAGCCCUGCCGGGCGGCCAUCUACGAGACCUGCGGGCCCAGGCGGGGUCCAGCCGGCUGUCCUCCCUGACCAUCUUCUCGGAGUAGACGCCGGUCUCCAACACGGCCAGGCAGACCUGCAGGAGAGGAUGGCCCACGUGGGAGGCCACAGACAGAUGCCCUGGCUCCCUGUCCUCGUGGUGUCCCUGAUGUGCCCGGCCAGAGCAGAAUACUCCAGCUGUGGUGAGAACGAGUACUACAACCAGACCACAGGACUGUGCCAGGAGUGUCCGCAGUGUGGGCCAGGCGAGGAGCCCUACCUGUCCUGUGGCUAUGGCAGCAAAGAUGAGGACUAUGGCUGUGUUCCCUGCCCAGCAGAGAAGUUUUCCAAAGGAGGCUACCAGAUAUGCAGGCGCCACAAAGACUGUGAAGGCUUUUUCCGGGCCACCGUGCUGAUGCCGGGGGAUGUGGAGAAUGAUGCCGAGUGUGGGCCUUGUCUCCCUGGCCCAUCUCUGCUCACGUGUUAUCCCCCUGGAUCACUGCAUCUGAUUAAAAGCUACUACAUGCUGGAGAACAGACCCAGGAACAUCUACGGUAUGGUCUGCUACUCCUGCCUCCUGGCGCCCCCUGACACCAAGGAAUGUGCGGGAGCCAGCCCAGGGGUCCCAGCCAACGUGCCCGAUUCCUUGGGCAGCAGCACCCGGUCCCCUUUCCAGCAUGCCCACAAAGAGCUCUCAGGCCAAGGGCACCUGGCCACAGCCCUCAUCAUCGCCAUGUCCACCAUCUUCAUGAUGGCCGUCGCCAUAGUCCUCAUAAUCAUGUUCUACAUCACAAGGACGAAGCCUCCUGCCCCAGCCUGCUGCACCAGCCACCCAGGGAAGAGCGUGGAAACCCGAGUGAGCCAGGAAGAGGAGAAGAAAGAGGCCCAAGACAGUGUGGUGAUUUUCUCUGAGAAGGACGAAUUCGAGAAGCUGACAGCAGCCCCAGCAAAGGCUGUCAAGAAUGAGAAUGACGCCUCGUCUGAGAACGAGCAGCUGCUGGGCAGGAGCAUGGACAGUGAUGAGGAGCCCGCCCCCGACAAGCAGGGCUCCCCUGAGCUGUGCCUGCUGUCGCUGGUGCACCUGGCCAGGGAGAAGCCAGCCACCACCACCAAGACGGCCGGGAUUCAAAGUCGAAGGAAAAAGAUAUUGGAUGUGUACACCAAUGUGUGUGGAGUGGUUGAAGGUCUGAGCCCCACAGAGCUGCCAUUUGAUUGCCUUGAGAAGACAAGUCGAAUGCUCAGCUCCACGUACAACUCCGAGAAGGCCGUGGUGAAGACGUGGCGCCACCUUGCCGAGAGCUUUGGGCUGAAGAGGGAUGAGAUCUGGGGCAUGACAGAUGGCAUGCAGCUCUUCGACCGCAUCAGCACGGCAGGCUACAGCAUCCCAGAGCUGCUCACAAAACUGGUACAGAUUGAGCGGCUGGAUGCCGUGGAGUCCUUGUGCGCGGACAUCCUGGAGUGGGCUGGCGUUGUGCUGUCUGCCUCCCAGCCGCCCGCCGCCCCCUGAGGAGCAGGCCUGUGGACCGUCCUCCCUGGGCUGCGCCCGGAUUGGACAAGGACCCGGAACUGUGAACGGAGCCAGCAGGCUGCCAGGGGUCAGGCUGCUCCUGCCUUGUCACCAGGACGUGCCUUAGGCUGUCCCAGGCAGCAAGAGGACGGGAGGCCUGUCUUCUAGUCUAGCCAAAGAUCAAAGCGUAAAGCUGGGAUGCUCCCCACGGCUUGCCUGUACCUCACCAGGCAGAACACAUAUUUAUUCACCCAGCCACCGGCCGGCCAGCCCACCAUUAACUCAUUCAAGGGACUUUAUUUGGUAUCAAAGGAACAAAACAAUGUGGAAUGCUAGAUGAAGAGUCUGGUCCCUCUAUUUAAGGGAGAGACAGGAGUAAUGUCUACAAGGCAGAAACAGCCUGAUCCUUGGCUAGAAGAUACCAAACAACCUGGAUGAGGGGGAUUCUUAACAGAAGUUCUAGGAGAGGGAGAUGGCCUCCCACUGAGGUGAUGGUAAAAUGGCCACAAAAUGCUGACACCCCACUUGGUGUGUUGUUUCGGGUCCAGUACAAGUCUGUUAAUAUCCCAUGUGGCUUCAUUAGGAUAACCCUGCCUAUUCUUGAGGUCGUCGUAUUCCUACAGCCCUUCCAGUCACUGAUGGGGGAGCUCGCUCGACUUGUCCGGUCCGGGAGACCUGUACAGGAGUCUCACUUGCUCUAAGUUCGAGGCCCAGGAGCCCAGUGGUUUUGUAUCACAUGUGGAUUGCCUUCCACCCUCAUCCUCAAUCAGAUUUGGCCCUUUUGGGGCAGCAAUGCUCAAGGACACAAGCCAUGUAAAUUACAUGUCUUGCUGAACAGAAAUGAGUGGCCAGCUCUGCUUAGAAAGGGGAAUGGUGGCUUCCGAAGAGUUCAGCCAUGCAUUAUUCUAGAUUUUGAGUGUCUGAGACUUGUGAAUGAGCUCAUGGUAUGAGAGUUUCGGACUCCAGCCUACUGAGCUGGAAGGAGAAGGAAGCCCCACAGUGAGGAAAGAGCCUGGGCUUAGAGUCCAGGGACCUGCUUCUAGUGCUGCCAACUUGGGCCACUUCCUUCUCCCUCCCUUGGCUUCUGUUUCUCUUCUGCAAAUGAGAGGUUGGGCUGUGAUUCUAUAGUCAGGAAAAUAAGGCUCAGGGGAGCAAAAAGGAAGGUGGAGCUACAGGAAAUGCCAAGCCUUUGAGCUGCUCCCUGGAAGUGAGUACAGUGUAAGUCAUCAAGUAAAAUGAGAAUAAAACAGAAAAACUGAGAUUUGGGGUUUUCACAGUAGCUAUAAUUGUUUGGCAUACAUUUACAGAUAAGGUUAAUAAAACAGCACUGUUCUUGGCAAAUUCUCUUAUUACACUUGCAGCUGUCCAGUGCUGCGGAGCCAGGGUGGUGAGCAGGCCAGGGGGUUAAUGUAGAGUCACUGCUGAGUUCCCUACUGAUAGGUCUGACUGUGGUUUUUACCAAAUUAAAAAUAGUCUCUGAUUUAUAAAGCAAUGUUUUCAAAGUUACAUCGCGUAACUGAAGAAAUGCUUUGGAGGAGGAAAUCAGUCAUAUGUUUAAAGCCAACAAGCAAUUUCCCACCAGUGAAUGUAGAACAUACUGCGAUAGGAUCAUAAUUAGGUCGUGAAUAUUUAGUAUCAUCAUUUGCUGUGUCUGUUUGCAGCUGUGUUUCAGAACCUAUCUGUUGUAUCCUAUAAGCUGACUACUCCACAGCAGUAUUUAACCAUCCUCGUAGCUUCUCUUUGAAAUCCUGCAGCGUCCCUGUCCUAUGCUUUGUGAUAAUGAUGAUACAAGCCUCCCCUUAAUUCGACUGCAGAUGUCACAUGUGAUGAGCAUGCUACUCUAGGGGAUGGCCUGCAGCUUCUCUAGAGCGUUCUCAGAGAGAGAGCAGGUGUAGCUGUCCUCUGGCUCCGGGGCUUUGCCCCAUUUCACACUGUUAGGAUUCUGGGGCCAGAGUUCCAGGCAGCGUCAGACCACGUCUCACUGACUCUUGGCUGUUUUUAAGGCACCAGUCCUUAUAUGGUCACACAUUCAGUCGUUAUUUACUUAUUUGGAAACAAAUCCAAGAAAAGUUUACUGCUAUGAACUUUAGCCUCCACUGUGGAAUUCAGACCGAGACUGUAGUGAUCCCCACUGACCAAAGCUGGGAUCCCGCAUGCCAUGUCAUAUAGAGACAGACAUUAUUUUGCCAGACUUAAAAGCAUUUAGGAAACACCCCAGGCUAGAGCUAUGGCCCUUAGCCAAUGAAGUCUUAACUGUCAAUGUUUUUUGUCUAAUUCUGUUUAUGUAACUUAUUAUAUUUUACAAGUUCAAUCAAUAAACUAAUAAAAAGGAGACCUU